AAAACGACACCUCUUAACCAUGACUGUCAAAUGACACAGGCCAAUGUUCAGAAUAUUUUCCAUUGUGUGAGCAACUUAUUAAUCAUAAAUAAUUCUCAUUCAAAUAAAACAAUAUCAUUUAAAUGGCCAUGCAAGUCUGCUGGUUGCAGCGAAUGUUUCUCUCGAGACUGAAGAGAUCUCGAGCACGUUGUCUGUACGUUCUUCUAGCCGUGACGUCUGCAGCUUAUCUGGCGGUUGCUAGAACGCCGGGGUCCAACUGGGAAUGUCAACCGGAGGCCGUUCUGCACCACCGCCUCCUUGGUCCGCUCGACGCUGGCGAUCCGUUCGUCAUCAGUGAAAUCCGCCGCAAGUAUCUCUUCCCAGCUCCAGGACCUUCCUUGAUAUCGAAAGACGUCAUCAAAAGAAUGACAGCGGGCGAGAACAACAACCUUUACUCAUUCAAAUUUUACGAUAGGGUUGUUACUGAAUUAUUCAUAAGCAAUAACAUUACGGGGGAAUAUUUUAUUGAGGCGGGAGCUUUGGACGGCGUGUACGCCUCCAACACACUGAAGCUGGAGUUCUUGCAGCAGUGGACGGGCUUGCUCGUAGAGCCCGACCCCGACAUGUUCGAGCUCCUCUUGAACACCAAACGCAACAGCCAGGCGAUCAGGGCGUGCAUUUCACCACAUUCUUACCCCUAUAAGGCGUUGCUGCGAACACUCUCGCCAGAGAAAUCUCCUCAUGAUUCUGCAAUUUCAUACAAAAGCAUGACUUCGCUUUUCUCCGGGGAAUCCGAUGACCGAACGUUCAAUGGCUUCCCAACCUAUCGAGACGUUAUUUGUUUCCCCAUGAGCAGCAUCUUGUUGGCCGCUCAAGUGUCGCACGUCACACUCUUCUCCCUAGAUGUUGAAGACGCUGAACGGAAAAUACUUGAAACUUUUCCCUUCGAGUCGGUGAAGGUGGACGUGUGGUUUGUCGAGCACAGGACGCGUGAUGACGUCACAGGAGCGCUCACUACGGCCUAUGACCCUGAAUUUGUCAAAUGGUUUGAGGCUCGCAACUACAGCCUCUACGACUUCCACCUGAGCAACGUCCCAGACUACGUCUUCGUCUACAAUAACAGCCGCUUCAGAAAUAUCAGACGCAAAGCUACGCAAGCGUAGAUGAUUAUUGUUAAAUAUAUACACCGAUAUAUUUUUUUAAAGAAUAUGCUGAUAAAACGUUAUCUUCAUCCACAGUUGUGCUGCCUAUGUUUUGCUAUAGUUCGGUUCUCUUAUAGUUAUAAUUAAGCCCUUCUAACGACAUGAAUCAUUUUUGUCUUCCUAUCGCUCCUUAAGUUGUCCACAAGUGUCAAACCUGUCAGGUAAUAUUGAUGUUGACCAUGAUCGCUAGAGAUAAUGAAAUUUUUCGUGUAUUUCAUGCUCAUUGUGUUCAUUAAACGGUAAAAGAUAUAUAAAAUAAAAUGAAAA